CUUCCGUCGUCAUCUUCUUGCCUGUUCUCUACGACUUCAACUCGCUUCUGCGUCACUCCUUUCCUUUCAAUCUUGUCGGUUCUCUCAUGCAGAUCCGCUGCCCUCGUCGGAUCGGCCUCCCGUGAAUUGCAUCCCCCACCACGUCCCCUCGUGCUGCUAUCGACCCGCCUGCCGGUUGAGCGUGUUCCCCUCCCUCCGCUUGUCUCUCCGCAAUCAUGACGGCCGGACUCAAAACCAUCAUCGCCCUCUCCUUUAUCCUCGCCAUUGGCUUUCUCCUGGUCAUUCUCUCCUCGGCGCUCUGGCACAAUUUCCUGCCUCUCGUCGUUGUCGCAACCUAUGUCGUAGCGCCGCUCCCCAACUGGAUCUGCUCGCGAUGUGCGAAUCCCGAUGAUUUCAUGGACAGUUCCGGCAAUGCGGCCGCGGACUUUGGUCGCUUCAUGACUGGGUUCCUGGUGUUGAUGGGAAUCGCGCUUCCCGCGGUCCUUGCGCAUAGCGGCGCCAUUGAGAUCCCCGCGAUGGUCAUGUCGAUUCUUGGAGGUCUUUUGAUUUACGGAACAAUCAUUAGUUUCUCGAUGUUCUUCCAAGAACAAGAAGAGUUUUGACGGAGUCGCCAUCGGUCGGGUUGGGUUGGUUCGAGGUAGUCAGCAUGUCGGAGUGCCAAUGUCCUCCGAAAGCCAUGGUUUGGCCCGCUCUGCCUGUUCUACUUUUUGAAUUUGAUGGGGCAGCGUUCUGUUUUUGAUAUGUGUUCGGAGUCCACGCUUUUUCUGUUAUCUUUCUAUAUGCCUUUGAGAUUCAGCCUUUUGAUCCCACUAUUCUCCUUGUUUGGCGCUAUGGUUGAUGUAUGAUACAGCCCUCGCUACGUCCCCUCGCUACGUUCUAUAGAGGGUCGAUGGGUCUUGGGCAGCAGUUUGGAGACCCUUAGGAACGAUGAGCUUCCCAUUCAGCACUUUCCCUUGUCUUUGGCAAUGCAGGAGGCGCCCAAGUAGA